CCUCCACAGCGCCCUCUGGUGUUGGAACUAUAGGUCGGAACGCGGAAGCUCUCGUUGCCAUGGUGACCACAAAUUAGGGCUCUCCUCUGGUACUUUCUUUUGUAACUUCUUUUUUUCGUUUAAAGUGGACUCUAAAAACUAGCAGAAAAUGAAUGAACGUGUUAAAGAUUCCUGUUCUGACCAGAGGAGGCGCUGCAGGCAGAGAUGUGACUGACGCUCAUCAGGAUGAAACGAUCCCAGAACUCCUUCAGAACCAGACGAGCUCCAGAGGAACCGACUCGGCUCCCCACCAAGCAGGAGGUCACAGCUCUGACAGCUGAUCCCGUCCAGAACAUGUGUGUGGAGAUGCUGCAGCGAGGCCUCCACAGGUCCUUCUCGGAGCUCUUCUCUCUGCUGCAGGCGGCUCGGACUCGGAGAAAAGCCGCUGCGUUCACGACCGCUGCCGCUCCACUUCUGGAGGAGCAGCGGGACAAGCUGGAGACCCUGAAGCUCCGCCUGAUCCGUGCAGAGGAGGCGGGGCGAGCAGGUUCCUGGUCGGACUCGUGCCAGCAGCGCCUCCUGUUGGCGCAGUACUUCUCCUCUCCAGAGGACCUCUGGCUGCGUCUGCAUUUCUACCACAGCUGCGCAGACAGCGAGCAAGGAGCAGCGUCCGCCCCGGCCAUGGAGGCCCAAGCCUUCCUGGCAGAGUUCUACCUGCAGACAGAUGAUGUGGAGAAGGCGAAGCAGCGGGCGGAGCUGAGCCUGAAGCGUGAGGAUGAAGGCAUGCUGGGAUUGAACAGUCAGACUCUGAUGCCCCGCUUCAGCAGAGUGUUGACUGAGGCCAACAUGCGUCUGGCUGAAGCCGCUGACGACCACGACACGGCGCUGAAGCUGCUGCAGGAGAGCUGCCGGACCGCCAGGAAGAUCAAGGACGAAUCCCUGGAAGGACGAGCAAACCUUCACAUGGGGCGCUUGUAUCUGAGUAAAGACGAGCAUGACUCAGCAAAACAGCUUUUCGACAGCGCCAAGGAGCACUUCCUCUCUGCCCAGGACGCAGGCGGACUCGCCGAGUUCUACAGAACCAUGGCCAAAUUUUCAGAGAGCAAAGGAAAUACAGAUGAGGUCAUAGAGUUCCUGGAAAAGUCAGCUGAGAUCUGUGAAAGCAGCCACCAGCACAGCGAACUCGCAGACGUCAGCAUGACUCUCUGUGAGGUUUACUACAGGAAGGGUCGGUACGAUAGAGCGCGUGAAGUCGCCCUGAAGUGUUUUGAAGUGUCCUGUAAGGCGGGACUCACCGCUAUGCUGCUGAAAGCUCAGACAAUGGUUGGUAUUUCAAGCGCUCAGCUGCUGAUAGAAAAACACGUUUCUGGCGGGAUGUCCUCUUCACCGGCUGCUCUGGAUCGACUCUUGAAGCGGGAGAAGACCAAAGCAUGUGGAGAGCUCAACUCAGAGCCCGCUGAGUGAGAUCUCACGACCUUCUACUGUCAUUUACCUUAAUGUUAAGAAAAGACAGAACCUUUUAUUUACCCUCACAAAAUUUGGAGCGAUGUUAUUGACAUUGAUAAAUGACUAUUAAAGUGUUUUAAUUCAGAAAA